UUUGCACAAACAAGGACUCUUCAGCAUAGUUCCUAAAAGUGAAAGCAGAGUCAACCGUAAAGACUCACUGCCCACGAUAAAGGCUUAGAGUGCUGCUUUUCCAGAUACAACUGCAUCUGUGCCCUGAAGAAGUACAGUCCACUUUGGUUACAGCGCUUUGUGAGCAAGCCCAACUGUUCCUGAACCAAACGUACUUAAGGACCUCCUUCUGGAUGACCAAUGUGUAUUGUAACCGAUUAUAUCGGGAACUAAGUCUCCAACUUCCCAUACAUUCCAGCUGGUAGCAACGCUUAUAAUGCAAAAAAAUCACAAUUCAGGAUCACACAAACAUUACUCCUAAAACUUUCUAGAUGAUUGUAGUUGCUUUGGUUGUGUUCUAUGCUAGCAGAAGCCUUUUUCAAGGUUUACUGUUGACUCUAGAGCACCACAUUCCCCGCCUACUGGGAGCCUUGGGGACUAGCAAUAUGGGAAACUCAUGUGUUUGCCGCGAUGACAGUGGAGCAGAAGACAACGUGGAAUCUCAGAGUCGGCAAACAGAGAACAGUAGAGUACACGUACCUGAAGCAAGAAGCCACCCAAGGGACCCUGUCCGUCCACCCAGGAGAGGUCGAGGGCCUCAUGAACCAAGAAGGAAAAAACAGAAUGUGGAUGGGCUAGUACUUGACACACUGGCUGUAAUUCGGACGUUAGUAGAUAAUGACCAGGAGCCUCCUUAUUCAAUGAUCACGUUGCAUGAAAUGGCAGAAACAGAUGAAGGCUGGUUGGAAGUUGUCCAAUCUUUAAUUAGAGUUAUUCCAUUAGAAGAUCCCCUUGGACCAGCUGUUAUAACGCUACUACUUGAUGAAUGUCCACUGCCAACAAAAGAUGCGUUACAAAAGUUAACUGAAAUACUAAAUUUAAGUGGAGCUGCUGCUUGCCAGGAUGCUUGUCACCCUGCCAAACACCGGAAUACAACUGCAGUACUGGGCUGCUUAGCAGAGAAGUUAGCAGGUCCUGCAAGUAUAGGCUUACUCAGCCCAGGCAUAUUGGAAUAUUUACUUCACAGCUUGAACUUCCAGUCCCAUCCGACAGUGAUGCUUUUUGCACUAAUAGCACUGGAGAAGUUUGCACAAACAAGUGAAAAUAAAAUGACAGUUUCUGAAUCGUGCAUUAGCGACCAACUGAUCUUGCUAGAGAAAUGGACGGAUAAUCCAGACUAUUUAAAACGCCAGGUUGGAUUCUGUGCCCAGUGGAGUUUAGACAAUCUGUUUUUAAAAGAAGGCAGGCAGUUUACAUAUGAGAAGGUUGACUUGACCAACAUUAGGGCUAUGCUGAACAGUAACGAUGUCAGUGAAUAUCUGAAGAUCUCGCCACAUGGAUUAGAGGCUCGAUGUGAUGCCUCAUCCUUUGAAAGCGUUAGAUGUACGUUCUGUGUCGAUUCUGGAGUUUGGUACUAUGAAGUUACAGUCAUUACUUCGGGAGUGAUGCAGAUAGGAUGGGCUACCAAAGACAGCAAAUUUCUCAAUCAUGAAGGUUAUGGCAUCGGGGAUGAUGAAUACUCCUGUGCAUACGAUGGCUGCCGGCAGCUGAUUUGGUAUAAUGCCAGAAGUAAACCACAUUCCCAUCCCUGCUGGAAAGAAGGAGACACAAUAGGAUUUCUACUAGACUUGCAAGAAAAGCAAAUGAUCUUCUAUUUAAAUGGAAACCAUCUUCCUGCUGAGAAGCAAGUAUUUUCAUCUGCUGUAUCUGGCUUUUUUGCUGCAGCCAGUUUCAUGUCCUAUCAACAAUGUGAGUUCAACUUUGGGGCAAAACCUUUCAAGUACCCACCAUCCAUGAAGUUUAGUACCUUUAAUGAUUAUGCCUUUCUGACAGCAGAAGAGAAAAUCAUUUUGCCCAGACACAGGCGCCUGGCUUUGUUGAAGCAAGUGAGUAUCCGAGAGAACUGCUGCACGCUUUGCUGUGAUGAGGUAGCAGACACAGAACUCAGGCCAUGUGGACACAGUGACCUGUGCAUGGAGUGUGCCUUGCAACUGGAGACCUGCCCUUUGUGUCGACAGGAAAUACAAACCCGAGUCAGACAGAUCUCUCACAUCUCAUGACACACGUGGAGAAAUACCACAGACUUGUUUCUAAUGAACUCCAACCAAUACUGAAAGGGGAAAGCAUCUCUAACCAAUCUUUACGCACAUAGAACCAUAGCCACGGCCAGAUUUCAUGCUAAACUGUAAUCUGUUUAUCUUAAAAAUGAAAUCUUUAAUAAGCUAUUUCAAGUUGCCAGCAAUGGGAACUGGUUUCAACAGUAAGGAGAGCUGGUAGGUCAGCGUGCUAUGGCUAUUGGUUCCUCCAAGCAAGACCAUAGGAGUGUGUCUCUCCUCUUCCCCCUUUUCUUCUCGCCUGUCGCAAGUGCUGAAAAAAUUUGCACUGGAAGUACUCGUACAAUGCAUUUUAGAAGAGAAAAGAAGUAUCUCCUAAAACAGGGCUGUUCUGUCUUGUGCUCGAAAGUCUAUUUUUGGCAGAAGUCAAUACUAAAAAGAGAAUGCCAAUGUUUUCCUGUUUAAUGUAGCCUCCUGCUGGUCAGAGACUCUGUAUUUUCCGACAGUGGAUAUUAAACUGCUCAAAGACUUAAUCUGUACACAGACUGAUUUGAGAAGACAGUGUGGAGACUGUAGAGAAACUCACGUUUUAAUAACUUGGUGAUUCCAAAGAAUGUUCUGAUUUGUUUUUAAACGUUAAAAGAUCGGUGGUAUUUUCAAGUACAUAAUGUUUCUGAUGCUUUUAACUUCAGUACCCACAUUUUUUUGUGAGGAUAUAAUUUUCAGGAGGUAUUCUUAACUAAUUAUAACGCUGGACUGGAAUUAAUUUGAUAUUCUGGGUAUUUUUUUAAGGUAUCAUCGAACAUCUUUUUUAAUCAGUGUUGCUUUUGAAAGUUAUGUUCACUUUGGAAAUAUUGAGCUAUCUUAAAAGAUUGGAGGAGAAUUUUGGGCCAGUUUAUUUAAAAAAAAAAAAAAGAAAUGUUAUUUGGAUAGCAAGUUUGGUCUUAUUCUGUAACUCUUUAAAAAUGCACCUUGCUUGCCACGUGUCAGUCCUGCUCUGAGCAGGUUUGGGGCCACACUUCAUGUUUUUGGUAGGGAUCAUACAGUGGGAAUCUCUGCUCCACUUCAAUUACACGUUUGUGACAUUUGUAUGUUAAGGACGCAUUUCAGCAGGCAGCUUUUGACUGUUAUACUAGGUUUCUACAAGGAAUCAGGGUUCAUAGCUGGUGUCAGUGAAGUAGCACAAAAAUCGGUGGAGUUGCGCUUAUUUUGCACCAACCGAGGAUAUGACUCGGUCUCUUCCAAGACUUGUACAGGUUGCUUUUUUAAUUUAUCUGGCUAUAUAGUAGAACUUUACUAAUUCACACACAACUUACACCAAAACCAUCCCACUUCUUGGCAGUGAUUCAGCAGCAGAGGCUGUUGUAGUGAAUUCUCAUGCUGCGAUGUAUCUUAUUUUUAAAAUCGUUUAUUAUCUUUAUUGUACUAUCAAGUAUUAACAAGCAGA